GAGCCGCCGCCGCCGCCGCACGUGGCACCCGCGUGUGCGGGGAUGCGGCCGGGGGCCGGGUCCCCCCCGGCUGCCCCCGGGCCUCGUGGGGGGGCCCCGGGGGGGCUGUAAAAGAAGGGGGGGGGCGGAGCCAUGUGGGGCCCCCCCCCAGCCCGGCCCCCCCUGGGCCCUACGGGGCACCCUGGGGCCCCCCCCCGGGCCCCGUCUCAGCCUGGAGGGCGGCAGCAGGACCGUGGCUGAUUACCACGGAGGCCGCUCCCGUAGGAAGAGCGUUCCGGGCGGGAAGCAGUACAGCAUCAACAUGGACGCCCCCCCAGCCCCCCCCUUCCGGCCCUCGCAAGGCUUCCUGAGCCGCCGCCUGAAGAGCUCCAUCAAGCGCACCAAGAGCCAGCCCAAGCUCGACCGCACCAGCAGCUUCCGGCAGAUCCUGCCCCGCUUCCGCAGCGCCGACCAUGACAGGGCCCGGCUGAUGCAGAGCUUCAAGGAGUCCCAUUCGCACGAGUCCCUGCUGAGCCCCAGCAGCGCGGCCGAGGCUCUGGAGCUGAACCUGGAUGAAGACUCCAUCAUCAAGGCUGUGCACAGCAGCAUCCUGGGCCAGGAGUUCUGCUUCGAGGUGACCACGGCUUCUGGGACCAAGUGCUUCGCCUGCCGCUCAGCUGCUGAGAGGGACAAAUGGAUCGAGAACCUGCAGAGGGCUGUGAAGCCCAACAAGGACAACAGCCGUCGGGUGGACAACGUCCUGAAGCUGUGGGUGAUCGAGGCGCGGGACCUGCCCCCCAAGAAGCGCUACUACUGCGAGCUGUGCCUGGACGACAUGCUCUACGCCCGCACCACCAGCAAGGCCCGCACCGACAACGUCUUCUGGGGCGAGCACUUCGAGUUCAACAACCUCCCGGCCGUGCGCACCAUCCGGCUCCACCUCUACAAGGACACGGAUAAGAAGAGGAAGAAGGACAAGAGCAACUACGUGGGGAUGGUGAGCAUCCCCAUCGCCAGCGUCACCGGCAGGCACUUCGCCGAGCAGUGGUACCCGCUCAGCCAGCCCAGCGGGAGCAAGAGCAAGGCCGGGUGUCCGGCGUUGAGGGUGAAGAGCAGGUUCCAGACCAUGAGCAUCCUCCCCAUGGAGCUCUACAAGGAGUUCGCCGAGUACGUGACCAAUAACUACCGGAUGCUGUGCGCGGUGUUGGAGCCCGUGUUGAGCGUGAAGAGCAAGGAGGAGGUGGCCUGCGCGUUGGUGCACAUCCUGCAGAGCACCGGCAAGGCGAAGGACUUCCUGUCGGACAUGGCCAUGACGGAGGUGGAUCGCUUCAUGGACCGGGAGCACCUCAUCUUCCGGGAGAACACCCUCGCCACGAAAGCCAUCGAGGAGUAUCUGAAACUCAUUGGCCAGAAAUACCUCAAGGAUGCCAUUGGUGAGUUCAUCCGAGCCCUAUACGAGUCCGAGGAGAACUGCGAGGUGGACCCCAUGAAGUGCUCAGCCUCCACCUUGGCCGACCACCAGGCCAACCUCCGCAUGUGCUGCGAGCUGGCCCUCUGCAAGGUGGUCAACUCCCAUUGCGUGUUCCCGAGGGAGCUGAAGGAGGUCUUCGCCUCGUGGCGGCUGCGCUGCGCCGAGCGGGGCCGCGAGGACAUCGCCGACCGCUUGAUCAGCGCCUCGCUCUUCCUGAGGUUCCUGUGCCCCGCCGUGAUGUCCCCCAGCCUCUUCGGGCUCAUGCAGGAGUACCCGGACGAGCAGACCGCCCGCACCCUCACCCUCAUCGCCAAGGUCAUCCAGAACCUGGCCAACUUCACCAAGUUUGGCAGCAAGGAGGAGUACAUGGCCUUCAUGAACGAGUUCCUGGAGCUGGAGUGGACCAGCAUGCAGCAGUUCCUCUAUGAGAUCUCCAACCUGGACACCCUCACCAACAGCACCAGCUUCGAGGGCUACAUCGACCUGGGCCGCGAGUUGUCCACCCUGCACGCCCUCCUCUGGGAGGUCAUGUCUCAGCUCAGCAAGGAGGCGCUGCUGAAGCUGGGGCCGCUGCCGCGGCUGCUGACGGACAUCAGCGUGGCCCUGCGCAACCCCCACCUGCAGCGGCAGCCCAGCCAGGGCGAGCGCCUGCCCCCCAAGGGGCUGGUGCUGCGGGGACCCUCGGCCGACCUCCAGCCCUACCUCGUGCGUGACCUCAACAGCUCCGUUGACCUCCAGUCCUACAUGGUGCGGGGCCUCAAUAGCUCCAUGGAGGUCCCCCGCCUGCCCUCCCCGCCGCAGGAGAAGGGUCCUCAGGAGGUGCUGGUCCUGAGCCGCCCCCCUCUCGCCCGCUCCUCCCCUGCCUAUUGCACCAGCAGCUCCGACCUGACCGAGCCCGAGGGCGGCCGGGGGGCCCUGGGGGUGGGCAAGAGCGUCUCCAUGCUCGACCUCCAGGACGGCCGCGUCGACAGCGUCCCCAGCCUGCCCGCAGAGCUGCUGGCAGCCGGGGGCCCGGCCCCGGGGGGAGCCGGAGGAGGAGGAGGAGGAGGCGGAGGAGGAGGAGGAGGAGGAGGAGGAGGGCUCCGUCCCGGCCGCCUGUCCCAAGGCAGCGCCUCCAGCUUGGCCCCUCCUCGUUUGGGGGUGCCGGACCCCGGCGGUCCCCAAUUGCGGGUCCCGCUUUCGUUCCAGAACCCUUUGUUCCAUUUGGCCGCCGAUGGACCCUUAAGGGGUCCGGAGCCCGGCGUGGGGGGGGAAGGACCUUUCGCCCCCCCGUUGCACGGGUACAGCAAGAGCGAGGAGUUGGUGGCUCCUCCGCCUUCCAAGCACAUCACCCAUAGCCACAGCUACAGCGAUGAGUUCGGCCGGCCCGGGGGGGACUUCGGGCGGAGGCAGCUGUCCCUGCAGGACAGCCUGGCCCCCCCCCAGAUCACCAUCGGGGCCCCCCCGCCUCCCACCCCAAGGGGGGCAAGGGCAGGGAAAGGGGGGGGAGCGGGGCCGUCGGCUCUCGGGGUGCCCCCCAAGCCCCGGCCGGCCAGCGGGAACCUGUUGGCAUCGCCGGAGCCGGCCUACGGCCCCCCCCGGUCCAGGCAACCCUCCCUGGCCAAGGAGGCGUCGGUGGCGGGGAUGAAGGCGCCGGUGACGAAGCAGGCCUCGCAGACGCCGUCGACGCUGAACCCGGUGAUGCCGGCGGCGGAGCGCACGGUGGCCUGGGUGUCCAACAUGCCGCACCUCUCGGCCGACAUCGAGAGCUCCCACAUUGAGCGCGAGGAGUACAAGCUCAAGGAGUACUCCAAGUCCAUGGACGAGAGCCGGCUGGACCGGGUGAAGGAGUACGAGGAGGAGAUCCACUCGCUGAAGGAACGGCUGCACAUGUCCAACCGGAAGCUGGAGGAGUACGAGCGGCGCCUGGUGUCGCAGGAGGAGCAGACGAGCCGCAUCCUGCUCCAGUACCAGCACCGCCUGGAGCAGAGCGAGAAGCGCCUGCGCCAGCAGCAGGCCGAGAAGGACUCGCAGAUCAAGAGCAUCAUCGGCAGCCUGGCCCCGCAGGUUGAUGCUGGUGGAGCAGGAGCUGCGCAGGGAUCACUUGGGCGCCCACGACCCGGCCGAGGCCCGGCGGCGGCUGCUCGACGCUCAGCUGUCCGUCAGGUAGCGCCUGCCAUUGUCACGGGACCCCCGGCCUCCGGUGACACUCAAGGUGGGUCCUGACGUCCCCAACCCCGUCCCCGUCCCCCC